UUUGCUUGGCUCAGCUCUGCAGUAUUCAGUAGGAGUCCGAGUGUGGAGUUGGUUUAUCAUGGCCGCCUGACCGAGUCCAAAUCACAUCGUACUCUUUUUCCUCUUUCCCUCUGGCUUUUUCUCAAUUGAGGGAUCGCGAAACUCUAAAACCCUGCAGAUUCUUUCAUAUUUAAUUUUACUUCUUAAAGGAUUUACCAUUCAUGUCAAUGCUCAAAUAUGCAGCCUCCACCAAGAAAGGUAAAAGUAACCCAGGAGCUGAAGAACACUCACGCUGAGCAGAUGACCAGACUCCACAUCAAGCACCAGACAGAAUGUGACUUACUGGAAGACAUGAGGACAUACAGUCAGAAGAAGGCUGCCAUAGAGAAGGACUGUGCACAGGCCCUGCAGAAGCUGGCAAGUCAGUACUUAAAGAGGGAUUGGCCGGGCAUCGGCGCAGAUGAACGAACUGACUACAGGAAUGUCUACGCUGUGUGGAAGGCCUACCUGGAGGGCACUGUGCAGGUGACCCAGUCUCGCAUCAACGUCUGUGAAAACUACAAGAAUGAGGUUUCGGACCCUGCCAAGACCGUCAAGCUCUACAAGGAGCAGCAGCUGAAGAAGUGUAUCGACCAGCUGACCCGGAUCCAGACAGAGCUGCAGGACACGGUGAAGGAUCUGGCCAAGUCCAAGAAGAAGUACCUGGAGAUGGAGCAGAUGGCCCAGGCUGUGAGAGAGAAGGCCGAUAUCGAGUCCAAGUCCAAGCUGAGUCUGUUCCAGUCCAGGAUAAGUUUACAGAAAGCUAGCGUCAAGUUAAAAGCCAAGAGGAACGACUGCAACGCGAAGGCCACCCACGCCCGAAACGACUACCUUCUCACGCUAGCCGCAGCCAACGCACACCACGACCGGUACUAUCAGACCGACCUGAUCAACUGUAUCAAGGCCCUCGAUGGAAGCAUCUACGAUCAUGUUAAGGAUUAUUUGAUAUCGCUGUGCCGGACAGAACUGGAGGCGUUCCAGGCAAUCCACAACACAUUCCAGUUCCUCCUGGAGAAGUCCAGCAGGGUGAUGCAGGACUUUAAUCAGCAGCUUUUCAUGCAGGAGAAUCCUGUCUUUCACAAAGCACAGACCUUUCAGUUCCAGCCCAGCGACAGUGACACGAGCUUAUGCGGCAUCCAGCAACUGGUGGACAUCGAGCCGUCGGCCGUCAGUGCCAUGAGAAUGACCUUGGCGCAGAGCGGGAAGCUGGAGUCUGAGACAGGAACCACAGAGGAGCACAGCCUGAACAAAGAGGCCCGCAAGUGGGCGACCCGCAUAGCCAGAGAGCACAAGAACAUCAUCCACAACCAGAGGACUCUGGAAGAGUGCGAGGCUCACGGGGUCCUGCCUUCAGAGCAGAGUCGCAAUGAGCUGGAGCUGAAGAUCGAGGAGGCGAGGGAGAACAUCCGAAAAGCAGAGACGGUUAAGCUGAAGGCGGAGGCGCGGCUGGACCUGCUGAGACAGGUGGGCGUGUCCGUGGAUACCUGGCUGAAGAGCGCCAUGAACCAGGUGAUGGAGGAGCUGGAGAAUGAGCGCUGGGCCACCCUUCCCUCCCUGACUACCCACGAUCCUUCACUCUCGGCCACGGCUGAUUUCGAGAGGGAGGAAGGCGAGGAGUUCGAAGACAACAUGGAGGUGUUCGAUGACAGCAGCUCCAGCCCAUCUGGCACCCUCCGCAACUACCCCCUCACCUGCAAGGUGCUCUACUCCUAUAAGGCUUCCCAGCCAGAUGAGCUGACCAUCGAGGAGCAGGAAGUGCUGGAGGUGAUCGAGGACGGGGACAUGGAGGACUGGGUGAAGGCGCGGAACAAGGCGGGGCACGUGGGCUACGUUCCUGAGAAGUACCUGCAGUUCCCCACCUCCAACAGCCUCCUCAGCAUGCUGCAGUCCCUGGCGGCCCUCGACGCUCGCUCCCACAGCUCCAGCAACUCCACCGAGCCUGAGCUGGCCUCAGGCAGCAUGAACGGAGACGCCAACUUGAGCUUUGUGAAGGCAAUGUAUGACUAUGAGGGCCAGACAGAUGACGAGCUGUCCUUCCCUGAGGGAGCCAUAAUCCGCAUCCUCAACAAGGACAACCAGGAGGACGACGGCUUCUGGGAGGGCGAGUUCAACGGCCGCGUGGGCGUCUUCCCUUCUGUCCUGGUGGAGGACCUGACUGCCUCAGAAAACGGAGACGCGCAGUGGUGCCCUGACGCACAGGUGUCCCCGUCCCAGCAGCUGCACCCCUCCCUGCCCCCGCUGCCCCUGUACGACCAGCCCCCCUGCAGCCCCUACACCACCCCGGAGGGCGGCACCGCACCCCCGUUCCCCCGCUCACCCUCCGUCAACGGCGACCACAAGCUGACGCCCACGUCGCAUAAGGGUCCCUCCCACAAUCACAGCAGCAGUUUGGGCCCGGAUUCUGCAGGUUUCUCCCAGCCCCCGAGGUUCACCCCUGAUGGCGGACCUGGGAAGCUACGCCCUGUGCGUGCGGCUCCACCUCCCCCGAAACAGCAUCCCCGCAGGCAGGUGGAGAAGACGGAGGAGGUGGAGAUUACUCUGGUGUGAGAGCUCUGCCCAGGCAGCUCAUCGCUUGGAACUGGACCUGGGCCCCAUCCCGUCGCUCCUCACUGCAGGGCGAGCAGGAGGCGCACGGGGGGGUCUCACACCACUGGCAACCCCUCCCCCCGCUGAGCCCUCCUCCUUUAGCAGCAGCGGGGGCGCUGUGCACCCCUCCCCUCACCGGCAGAGUGGAGCGAAGGGAGAACAGACACUCCUCAGAGCCACAAACGGCUGGUGCCUUUCUUGCACAUCUUUAUUCAGUGGACUUGUGAGGUGUAAAGACUUCAGUCUGAGGAAGAAGGGGAGCAAGGGAGUGGGGUGGGGGAGGGGGGGCUAUAUCUAGGAAAUUCUGGGGUUCCCUAGGCCCGGCUAUAUGUAGUCAUAUCAUACGUAUUUAAUGUGCAUUAGUACAGUACAUUACUGUUGUCAUAGGAAUGUUAUAAAUACACACAACAUUUCAUCAUUUAGCAUUACAAAGUCGAUGCCGUGUGUGGUAUGGGGUAGAUGGUAUUGACACCUCUAGGCAAAGGGAAUUGUAUAAUGAGGCAAGGUAAGAAAGCGGAGGCUGGUUCCUCCCACGGACGUCCCCUUCCCCUGACCCCUGCAGGACAUAAACGUCGCUCUUUAUCUCAUAGAUAAGGAAAAUGUGGCAAUUUGAAACGAUACUAAUUACACAAAUGUAACUCUUUUCAGCUUUUAUUAUGAAGACAGGGAUCUGUAUUACUAAUAUUUAGUCCUCAAAAGGAAAAAAAAUGCAAUACAGAUUAGAUGAUGUGCGUUUCUGAAGUGUGAUCGGCAAACGUCAGGUUAAUCUUUUGUGUAGCCCUGCGGUAUUCCUCACUUUCUGUAUCAUUGCCUGACUUUAUUGUUUAUAUAUGCGAAUCAAUAUCUGAACCAGUAGUUGAAGUGCAUUAUUUUUACAUUAAUAUCUAUCGUGUAACACUGUUGAAGACUGAAUGGGAUGUUUUUGUGAUUCAAGAAACAGUAUUUAACAAAUUGGAAAACUGAGGGCAAUGUCGACUCGCAGAUUUUUUUCUGACUGGAAAAAGGUGAAAAUGGGAAAGGGAGUGUUUGGUCUCAUAGGAAACCAUGUUAUCGCGGUUGUGAAUAUGAAAGGUGCAGAAUAUGAAAAUGUCCCCUUUUUGUGUUGUUACUUCUCCCUCCUUGCGGGGCAGCCGUUUCUUUCACACUUCAAACACCUGUUUUGUUGAUUUUCCUUUGUUUCUGUUUGCUUUUGUUUUCUUUUCCUCCUUGCCAAAGUUGAGCUUUCUUGCUUUCUCACAUUGUGGAAAAGGAGCGUUUCUCAAAGGUGAACGUGACAUGUGACUUCGUAGCUUUUGAUUGGCACAACACCAGGUCCCAUUAAAGAGCAGAGAGCAGCCUUUGUCAAAAGCUGGAGGUCGCGACAGAAUAACCAUGGACUUGGCUAAUAUUUGUGCUAUUGCAGCACAGUACAGAACAUGCACCCCUAAAAGAUCAUUAUUACGAGAUUUUCAAAAAUGUGUUUCUCCAAACAUUGUCCAAGCUGACUGUUGAAAAGAUCAUUUCCAGAGUUGACAUUU